GUCACAACAGAAUUAGUGAGGGUAAGGCACACUGAGGAAUAGGGUGUCAAAGUUGUUUAGAGCCAUACACAAAGUCUCCAGAGGCUGUUGCUUGCAAAGAAAAGAUGCAGAUUUUCGUGAAGACUUUGACUGGUAAGACCAUCACUUUGGAGGUGGAAUCUUCUGAUACCAUCGAUAAUGUCAAGAGUAAAAUUCAAGACAAGGAAGGUAUUCCUCCCGACCAACAACGCUUGAUUUUCGCUGGUAAGCAAUUGGAAGACGGUCGUACCUUAUCCGACUACAACAUCCAAAAGGAGUCUACCCUUCACUUGGUUCUCCGUCUUCGUGGUGGUAUCAUCGAACCCUCUUUGAAGGCUUUGGCCAGCAAGCACAACUGCGAAAAGCAAAUUUGCCGUAAGUGCUAUGCUCGUCUUCCUCCUCGUGCCACCAACUGCCGCAAGAAAAAGUGUGGUCAUACCAACCAACUCCGUCCUAAGAAGAAGUUGAAGUAAAGCAUUGCUGGGCUGGCAUCGCUUGUUUACUCUGUGGUUAUGGACAAAUACGAUCGAAUAUUCAGAUUUUAGUAGCUCUUGUCUGGAUAUCGUUGCUCCUGCAGCACUGUCCCUGGAGGCAUUGUUUGGAAAGACGUCAACUACACAGUUAGUAACAAGCAAAUAUCAAAAAAUAAUAGACUAUUUUUGGCUGGAUUUCAUUCACUAGUUGUAAUUCGUUUUCGACACGUUUUCUUGAAUAGGAGUCUUUGUUUUCUGUUAUUUCUAUUCCAAUAAUGAUUUCAAUGCACAUAUCCCUCAUCAA